AUGUCCAACCAGAACGAGUCCGCCGCCUGGCCCAUCGCCGACGCCGCCUUGACCCAGGAAAUCCUGGAUCUGCUGCAGUCGAGCGCUCACUACAGACAGCUCAAGAAGGGAGCCAACGAGGCGACCAAGGCUCUGAACCGUGGAACGGCUGAGAUUGUUGUCCUCGCCGCUGACACCACUCCUCUCGCUAUCCUCCUGCAUAUCCCUCUCCUGGCUGAGGACAAGAACACCCCCUACGUCUACGUCCCCAGCAAGGUCGCUCUGGGCCGCGCAUGCGGUGUCUCCAGGGCCGUCAUAUCAGCCGCCAUCACCUCGAACGAGUCUUCCGACCUCAUGGGCCAGAUCCGCGCGCUGAAGGACAAGGUCGAGAGACUGGCUAUCUAA